AUGGCCAAACACGUUCGUUACGCGGCCAAGGUUGACCUGAACAAAGAUGCUGCUGAUCAGCCACAGCUUCACAACCGCUGGCACCCCGACAUCCCGUUCGCCGGCACAAUCAAGAAUGGCGAGGUGGUGAAGAUCGAGUGUGUGGAUUGGACCGGCGGCCAGAUCAAGAACAACGACAGCGCAGACGACGUGAAGAACGUCGACUUGACCAAGAUUCACUACUUGACCGGCCCCUUCGAAAUUGAAACCGCCGAGCCCGGCGACGUGCUUCUCGUGGAAAUUCAAGACGUCCAGCCGCUCGAGGAGCAACCGUGGGGCUUUACCGGCGUCUUCGACAGGAACAACGGCGGUGGUUUCUUGGACGACAUCUACCCCAAGGCCGCCAAGGCCAUCUGGGACUUUGAAGGAAUCUUCUGCUCCUCGCGCCACAUCCCCGGCGUCCGCUUCGCAGGCCUCAUCCACCCGGGCAUACUGGGCUGCGCGCCGUCGGCCGAGAUCCUGGCCGAAUGGAACAGGCGCGAGGGCGAGCUCAUCCAGGCCAUGGACGGCUGCGGCCGCAUCGUCGCUCAGCCCCCGCAGCCCCAGAACGUGCACGCCGGCGCCGCCGACGCCGCGCUGAAGGAGAAGGUCGGCAAGGAGGGCGCCCGCACCAUCCCUGGCCGUCCGGAGCAUGGCGGCAACUGUGACAUCAAGAACCUGUCCCGGGGGAGCAAGGUGUACCUGCCCGUGCAUGUCAAGGGCGCCAAGUUCAGCGUGGGCGAUUUACACUUUUCCCAGGGCGACGGCGAAAUCUCCUUCUGUGGCGCCAUUGAGAUGCCGGGCGUCAUCACGCUCAAGCUCACCGUCAUGAAGGGCGGCAUGGCGCAGCUGGGCAUGAAGUCGCCCAUCUACCUGCCGGGACCCGUUGAACCCCAGUUCGGACCAGGACGUUACAUAUACUUCGAAGGUUUCAGUGUCGACCAGCAUGGCAAGCAGCACUACAUGGAUGCCACUGUGGCGUACCGUCAGACGACCCUCCGGUGCAUCGAGUAUCUGCGUCGGUACGGGUACAGUGAUUAUCAGAUCUACUUGCUGCUGAGCUGCGCGCCGGUGCAGGGACAUGUGGCGGGGAUUGUGGAUAUUCCAAACGCCUGCACGACUUUGGGCUUACCGAUUGAUGUGUUCGACUUUGACAUUUCGCCCGACAAGCCUGCAGAGAAGAGGGACCUGGGCUCGUGCGCUUUUGCCAGCGACCACACUAAUUGA